AUGCGGGUGCACACAGCGAUCCUGGCAGCCUGCUGGGCAGUCGCAGCAGUCGCACAGUCCAACGACGGCAGCAACCUCGAAACCUUCCCCUCCAUCAUCACGCCCUCGUCCACCUCGCUCCCUAACACCCCCUUCAACCCCUCUACAUUCCUGAGCGCCCCCGGUCCCGCCAUCCCUCCCUCCCUCUCCUCCUCACCCACGAAUGCCUCCGCUUCCUCCUCCUUGCCAGCCCGGACAACCCUCAUCUCGGCUCAACCACGCCCUUCGAACGCUUCCUCUUCGUCGCAGAUGACUGCUGCACCGAACGCAUCGGUCAGUGAGAGCGUAGUCACGAGCACGGUGGACGGGAGCGUCGCGACUGUUACCAUCACGAGUUCGGCGAAGCCUUCGUCCGGAGCGAGCAGGCGGAUAGCGCGAGUCGGCGUGGUGGAAGGAGCGCUGGGGGCGGGAGUGGCUGUGGCAUUGGGUGUUGUAGGCGGGGUGCUGCUUGUCUGA